AUGGUGUUUGUGAUGACGAUGAUGGUGGUAGUGAUUGUGAUGGAGAUGGUGAUGCUGGUGUUGAAGGUGAUGGCGGUGGUGAUGGUGGGUGAUGGAGGUUGUGAUGGUGGUGAUGCUGAUUGGAAUGGUGGUGGUGAUGCUGGUGGUGUGGGCGAUGACGACGAUGAUGGUAAUGGAAAUGAUAGUUGUUAUGGUGGUGUUGAUGGUAUUUGUGAUGGUGGUGGUUGUGAUACGCUUGUGAUGGUCAUUGAAGUGGUGGUAUUGGGGAUGGUGGUGAUGGUAAUGGGGGUGAUGGUGGUGACAAUUGUGAUGGUGUUGGUACUGGUGGUGCUUGUGAUUUUAGCGGUGGUGGCGAUGAUGAUGGUGGUCGGUCAAUAA